CGUCACUUCAACUUCAAUUUCAACACCACUCUCUCUCUCUCUCUCUCUUCUCUAUAUGCACACGAAGUGAAGAAAGAAUGGCAAACACUAACUGUGCAACCCUACUUCACAAUUUCACAUCAAAAAAACCAAACAAGUUGUUCACCUAUCUCUACUUCAUCACCUUCCUCACCUUCCUCUGUACCCUCUUCUACCUCCUCGGCCGCUGGCAGCACUACCCUUCCGCCGCCACCAUCGCCGCCGCUGGCUAUGUCGUCUCCGGCGGCGAGUCCCCCAUAUGCUUACAACACAACAACUCCGCCGCCUCCGCCGCCAUCACCACCGCCCCAUCAUUCACCAAGCUCGACUUCGCCGCCCACCACUUCGUUCCUGACCCGCCGCCAACGGCGGCGCGUGGACCCCACCUCCCUCCCUGCGAUCCCUCUUUCUCCGAGUAUACUCCCUGCGAGGACGCGAAGAGGUCGCUGAAGUUUCCCAGGGGAAGGCUAAUGUAUAGAGAGAGGCACUGUCCUGCGUCGGAGGAGAUUCUCCGGUGUCGGAUUCCGGCGCCGCACGGGUACAGGUUGCCGCUGCCGUGGCCGGCGAGUCGCGACUCGGCGUGGUACGCGAACGUGCCUCAUAAGGAGUUGACUGUGGAGAAGAAAAACCAGAACUGGGUCCGGUUCGAAGGGGAACGGUUCAAGUUCCCCGGUGGUGGGACCAUGUUUCCACGUGGCGCCAGCGCAUACAUCGAUGAUAUUGGGAAGCUGAUCAAUCUCAGAGAUGGGUCUAUCAGAACCGCCAUUGACACUGGUUGUGGGGUUGCAAGUUGGGGAGCUUAUCUUUUGUCCCGUGACAUUUUAACAAUGUCAUUUGCACCAAGAGAUACUCAUGAAGCACAAGUUCAAUUUGCACUUGAACGAGGAGUUCCUGCAUUGAUUGGAGUACUUGCCUCAAUAAGGCUUCCUUACCCUUCAAGAGCCUUUGACAUGGCUCACUGUUCACGUUGCCUAAUUCCUUGGGGCCAGUAUGAUGGAAUUUACUUAACUGAAGUUGAUAGAGUACUACGUCCUGGAGGGUAUUGGAUUCUAUCAGGACCCCCAAUAAACUGGCAGAAACAUUGGAAAGGAUGGGAAAGAACUCGUGAGAGUCUCAAUAAUGAACAAGAUGAAAUUGAGAAUGUAGCAAAAAGUCUAUGUUGGAAAAAAUUGAUACAAAAGGAUGACCUUGCAAUAUGGCAGAAGCCCACUAAUCAUAUACAUUGCAAAGUUAAGCGAAAGAUCUUCACGAAUAGACCCUUUUGUGAGGCACAGGAUCCUGACACAGCGUGGUACACUAAACUUGAUACAUGCUUGACCCCACUACCUGAAGUAAACGACAUCAAACAAGUUGGUGGUGGAGAAUUGCCCAAGUGGCCUGAGAGAUUAACUUCAACUCCCCCGAGGAUUAGUAGAGGAAGUCUGAAAGGAAUAACGGCUGAGAUGUUCGAAGAAGAUACUCAAUUAUGGAAAAAGAGAGUGGCAUACUACAAGACCCUGGACCCUCAGCUAGCAGAGCGUGGCAGAUAUCGAAAUCUACUUGAUAUGAAUUCAUACUUGGGAGGUUUUGCAGCUGCACUAGUUGAUGAUCCAGUGUGGGUCAUGAACAUUGUCCCUGUUGAGUCUGAAAUCAACACCCUUGGCGUUAUAUAUGAACGUGGAUUAAUUGGAACCUAUCAAAAUUGGUGUGAAGCCAUGUCCACUUACCCGCGAACAUAUGACUUCAUACAUGGUGAUUCAGUUUUUAGCCUCUACCAGAACAGAUGUAAUAUGGAGGACAUUCUUCUAGAGAUGGAUAGGAUUUUGAGGCCACAAGGUAGUGUCAUUUUGCGUGAUGAUGUGGAUGUGUUGGUGAAGGUGAAGAGCAUUGCAGAUGAAAUGCAAUGGGAAGUCAGAAUUACAGACCAUGAAGAGGGACCUUUUCAGAGACAAAAGAUAUUGGUAGCAAUCAAGCAGUACUGGACAGCCCCACCACAAGAUUUAAACCAACAAAGCAAGCUAUAGGAUAUGCUCUCUCUGGAUGAACUCAAGAUUGGCCCUGUUUUUCUUUUCAUGUCAAUUUUUCUCAUGAAUUCAAUUCUUUCAAACCCCAAUUUUUGUGGCUGGUGCAAAGUGAAAUUUUCUAAAUAAAAUUAUGGCCCAUUCGUAAUUUGAGGCUUACCAGUCUUUAUUCAAAUUUUAAUAUAAAGGGAAAGCUUGUAAAUUGGUGGAACAUUAACUGGUGAUUGAAUAUUGAUUGUAAUGUUUAUCCAAG